CGCAGUGUACCGUUUUAUUAUUUGCUUAUGUUACAAUAUUUUCCCCCUGAGGAUUCGCGGAGGUGGCGUUAGAUUUUAGUUUUCGUGUCGUAAAACAUGAAGACUUUAAAUCGACGUGUUAGUUGGCCUCUCCGCUGCUCCGGUGUCGUGUGUCCUCUUAAAAUAACUACGACAAAUAUCUAACGGGUACAUUUUGCUCCUUAAACUAAGGUGUGUUAACAUUUUCCCAUUUCACGGGGCUUGUUCUCGUCCCUGUGUGCCAGACAUGUCCACCCUGUUCCCCUCUUUAUUCCCCCGGAUAACGGAGUCUCUGUGGUUUAACCUGGACCGACCAUGUGUGGACGAGACCGAACUGCACCAGCAGGAGCAGCAGCACCAGACCUGGCUGCAGAGCAUUGCUGAGAAAGACAACAACCUGAUGCCCAUUGGGAAGCCUAUUUUUGAGGCGGGCUAUGAAGAGGAGGAAGAAGAGGACGAUGAGGAUGAAGAGGACAGUGAGGAAGACUCUGAAGAUGAGGAAGACAUGCAGGACAUGGAUGAGAUGAACGACUACAAUGAGUCACCGGACGACGGCGAGAUCAAUGAGGUGGAUAUGGAAGGACCCGACCAGGAUCAAGACCAAUGGAUGAUUUAAGACAGUUCUAGCCUCCACUGAGCUUUCUGGCCCUGAAUUUCUACUCCCUACCUAAAAUAUGACUGCUGCCCCUUCAGUUUGUGGACAAAAAUGUUGUUGAAUCAACGCAGGAUUUUUCAAGAGAGGUCAGUGCAUUUGUCUAAUUUCAGCCUGCAAUCAGUCAGUCGUCAGUCUUGGGAGCCUUGGACAUUAUUGGACUUUGCUGUGGAUGUUGCUACCUGCAACACGUUCAUCUACUAACGUGAAGAAUGUGUGUGAUUCAGCACCUGUGUACACAUCAUGUUUUUGUCUUGCUUUUAGCAGCAACCUGUGACUCCAGUUAGUACAUUUAACCAUUUAGUCAGGUGAAAACAGUUGGAGACAAACACAGUGCUGUUGUUUUGCAGCAGUGGGCGGCGGCCCAGUGAUCUCUCAUCUAAACUUUGACCCUGUCAUAUCGUCAGUCAUGUGCUACUGAUUUUCUCAGCAGCUGACUGAGCAAACCUUAGUUCAGUCAGCAAAAUAAUUUGUUACCUAUGAAAAGGACCCUUAGAUACUUGACCAUAUAUUUAGUUUUAUUGGAGUGUUUGAGUGUUGCAGGUGUUUCGACACAUAUCAUACCUCCAGUGAAAUACUCAUAAAAAACGGAUUAUGUUUAGAUGAUUGAAACAAAUUUUAAUAUUUUUAACUGUGUCCAAAGCAUUAGCUGCCCAUUACCAUGAAGAAAUGCUGAAAUAUCAGCACCAACAUUACCAAUUUGAAAUCUCUCAUGUUUAUGUUACAGAAUUGUUUGCCAAGAUUUGAUUAUUUGUACUGAAAUUAUUGAAGAUUUUGACUGUUUGUAUUCAAUUAUUUUCAUCAGGCCAUGGUUUUGCUUUUCUAUAUUUUAAUUUCUUAUGAAUGAACAGCAAAAUGUAACAUGUCAGUGAGCAGUAUGAGCUGGAUUUAUGUUGACUCAUUGUUUGAUAUAAAGUGAAUAUAAAGUCUAGUACUCCGAGAGGCUCAUCUGAAUUUUGAUGGUGCCAGUGUUCACAAUUAAUGCUUGGAUUUACGAAAUGGCGGCUUCCAUUGCUAAACUUGUACAUAAGUAAUUCAUGUUAAAAGUUUUUAUUAAAUAUAAAAUCCAUA